AUGGAUUCUAAUCUUCACUUCAUGCUUAUACUCUUGAUGAUCAUCCCUCUUUUCCUUCUACUAGUUGUUGGAAAGAGAACUCAUAACCGACUUCCUCCUGGUUCAAUGGGAUUGCCCCUUGUAGGUCAAACUAUUGCACUUAUGAAAGCUAUGAAAGCCAAAAAAGGAGAAGAAUGGCUUGUGGAGAGUCUAAGGAAAUAUGGUCUUAUCUCCAAGCUUGGCCUAUUUGGGAAACCGCCUUCAUUCAUGGUCCAACAGCCAACAAGUUUUUGUACACUUGUGAUGGAAACACGCUCGAAAAUCAAUAACCGGCAUCGAUUAGAAGGAUUUUUGGCAAAAGAAAUCUCAUAG